CCAAAUUUCUCUUUCGAGAACGCCGUACAUAUUGAGUAAACGAAUUUUAAAUAUUCCCGCCGCCUCUGAAGCUAAGGAAGCCCAGCGAUAGUAACAUCAUGAUGACGUAACGCAGCCGCACGAAUGGGAGGGCUGCGCAGACGACAGUCUCCGAGCUCGUCUGCUUCGCGUUUGAGUCGCCAUCGUCGCCAUUUACCUCGCGAAAAGUCAUCGAUAAGUACGCCGACUUCCGCUUGUGAUUGCGAGUUCUGACGCGACCAUGUCGCGUGAAACACGGUGUUACGUUCCUGGGUGUACGAACACUUCGGGCUCUAACCCAGAAGUGACAUUCCACAAGCCGAGGGACAGUGACACGAAGCGAAAAUGGGAGGCAGUAGUCGCCAGCAGACAUCCUGACGUACGAGGAGAAAUACAUGUGUCCCGCGUUUGUUCUUCACACUUUGCGGAGGAUGCGUACAUGGAAACGGAUGUUCUACAAAUCCGACUUGGAGUUCCGAAACGAAAGCGGCUGAAGGCUGACGCCGUGCCCACAAUAUUUCCGGAACCAACUCGGCCGCGGUCUGCUGAGGUCCAGUCCACCAGCUUCACUGAAGCCAGUGCAAGUGACGUGGAAAGGAUGGAAUCAGCAAGCGAUGCGGGUGAAUGUUUCAGCCUACAACAAUCCAUGUCAUCAGCGGGUCCGGAAAAUGUGCUAGUGCUGGAUGGACUGCCCCUUGAACCAUUUGUGCCCUACCAGAUAGUCAGCCAAUAUGGGUUCCAUUACACAUUGGUACCGCACAAGCCAGAAUCUGUAGCGGAAAGGGUUCAGGACAAGGAAACACAAACAGCUAUUCCGACAUCCACGCUUGGCACUCAAACUGGGUUCCACAUGCAAAGUAGGGAAAGCCAGACAGGCAUGAGCCUUCCCCCUUCCAGCUCCCUUCUGUUGACAUCAUCUGAACUAGCAACUUGGUGUCCAGAAGACAGCAACAUUGAAAGCGUGGAGGUCUCUGCAGGACAGGCUUCCAUGCAGCAUAUAGGUGCACCAGCAUUUGAGGAACUGAUGCCAACAGAUAUGCUUUACAUGCCUCUUUCGCCCGUCCACUGCUCCACCCCAGCUAGAGAAGAACUUGAUACAACCUUGGGAUCUACAUGGUAUGCCGUAGUACAAGUGUAUUAUAUUUACAGAAAAUUGUUAAUAGCUCUGGUGAUCUAGUGAUUACAAAAAGGAAAGCUAUGACGUCCAUUUAAGUUAAUAUGAAU